CAGACAUUUUCAUUUCCCCUUUUACGAGUGUAAUCGUUCCGUGUGUAGAAGAGGCACAAACACAAUCGCAGGGCGAGAAAGAACGAGAAGGCAGAAGAAGAAAGAUGUUGAGGGUUGCAGCUAAGAGGCUUUCCUCUCUCUCCAUGUGUCCAUGGAGGCACAACCACGCCGCUUCCGUGUUCUUCUCUCGGAGCUCCAUCGCACCCACCUCUUCUUCCGAGGAACGCAGAUCCGACCCGUUAUCGCUUCAACCCGAAUUCUUUCUUCCCUUCAGAGGUUUUGCUACUGAAACACUGGUCCACACAAAAGAAAACAGCAUUAUUCCUGAAAUUCCAGCAACUGUGACAGCUGUUAAAAACCCUUCUUCUAAGAUUGUAUAUGAUGAACACAACCAUGAACGAUUUCCUCCUGGUGACCCAAGCAAGAGGGCAUUUGCGUAUUUUGUCCUUACAGGUGGUAGGUUUGCAUAUGCAUCUCUAAUUCGUCUCCUUAUCAUCAAGUUUGUGCUCAGCAUGUCAGCAAGUAAGGAUGUUCUUGCUCUGGCUUCACUUGAAGUUGAUCUCUCUAGCAUUGAGCCAGGCACUACCGUGACUGUUAAGUGGCGUGGAAAGCCAGUAUUCAUCAGGCGCAGAACUGAAGAUGAUAUUAAGCUGGCAAACAGUGUUGAUGUUGGAUCUCUGCGUGAUCCCCAGCAGGAUGCAGAUAGAGUCAAGGACCCAGAAUGGCUCAUUGUGAUUGGGGUUUGCACACAUCUGGGUUGCAUUCCCUUGCCAAAUGCUGGGGACUUUGGGGGAUGGUUCUGCCCGUGCCAUGGUUCACAUUAUGAUAUAUCUGGCAGAAUUAGGAAAGGACCAGCACCAUACAAUCUGGAGGUACCAACCUAUACCUUCUUGGAGGAAAACAAGUUGAUGAUUGGUUGAAAACCUCAGGGCUGCUCCCUACCGCAAUGGGUACAAUUUUUUUUAUUUAUUGGAUAAUGUCGAAAUGCGCCGUGGACGUCUUUGGCCUUGGAAUCCUUAUUUUGUCAUGUUUAGCAAGUGUUGAUGUAACUCGGAAAUUUAAGCAUUGCUGUUUGACGAGACUUGUAUCAAUAAUCGCCUGACUUUUUGCGUAUCAUAUGAAUGUUCAAAAGCAUGCCUUCAGGCAUAUUACAUUGCAUUUUGCAACAUCAUGAAUAACAUUUUGCUUAAUACAAUAUCGUGUCUUUUUGGGUAUCCAUAAAUUUAACAAGUAGCCUCUUUUAACACUUUGAAAGCAUGCUACUUUUACAGUAGGAAUCAUAAGUAUGUAGCCAAAUAAAAUGCUGUGCUUGAGGCGAAUUUCAAAACUGUCAGCUGGUUAGAACAUAGCAGUUCACAACAUUUGUCCAAGAGAUUACCAGCUGUGGCCGUUUUUAUAAAUCUAAACAGUUUUAAAAAAAAAAUGAUGACACUAAUUA